CUGAGGAAAAGUGCUUCUCCUGCUAACGCUGGGUCAGGCGCUGUGGCAGCAGCAAUGGCACCCUCGGAAGACCCCAUGGACCAGAGAGCUUGCCCCAACAUCAUAGGCCUUGAGACAGACCUGGAGACCAGUUCAGGUGUGAAGCCAGCCCACCAUCAAAAGGCCUUCCCCACAGCUCACCUAACUUUCGUUAUCGACUGUGCUCGCGGGAAACAGCUCUCCCUGGCAGCACCCCCAGUGCCACCCCAAGCCUUGAGUCCCAACCUAGGACCUGUCACUCCUCCAAUGAAGACCUACAUAUUGUUCUGUGGAGAAAGCCAGCCCCAUCUGACUCAGGAGGCCCCCCCGGGAGGGGGACAGCUUUCCCAGGCCAGGGCCACCUUGCCACCUUGUAGAGGGACUAUGGUCUCAGCUCCCUCCCCAGUCAGCACACUCUGCUCCCAGGAGGAACCUGAAGCCAAGGGGAGCCCCUUGAAGACCAUGCCCGGGAGGUCUUCGGCUUGGGAAGCAGUCAUAGGCUCACUGAAAGCCCUCUCCUCCUGUGUCUGUGGGCAGGAAGACUAACUGGAAGAGCCUGACCAUGGAGGAGGGGCUGGCACGUCAGGCUCCAGUGUCCAGGGGCUGCAAUUCCCAAAGCCCACUCCUUCUUCCCCAGCCAGAAGUUUUUUGUGCCUGAGCCAAGGAAGGAGCAUUAGAUGCACUAAAGGACAUCUGACCAGUCACUGAAUGCACACUCAAGAGUACCCUACCAGGGCAGCAGGAUGGCUCAGUUGAUUAGAGUGCAAGCUCUGAACAAAAGGGUUGCCGGUUCCAUUCCCACAGGGGCCAGUGAGCUGUGCCCUCCACACCUAGAUUGAAGACAACGAGCUGCCACUGAGCUUCUGGAGAGGAGGGCGGAUGACUCGGUUAUAUCGUGAGCUCUCAACACCAAGGUUGCCGGUUCAAUUCUCACCACGGCAUGGUGGGCUGUGCCCCCUGCAACUAAAGAUUGUAAACAGCAACUGGACUUGGAGCUGAGCUGCGCCCUCC